UUGAUGGAGAACAGGACAGAAGUGACAGAGUUCAUCCUGCUGGGACUGACCAGUGACCUGGGUCUGCAGCUUCCCCUCUUUCUGACGUUCCUGCUCAUCUACACCAUCACUCUGGAUGGGAACCUGGGGAUGAUCCUGUUGAUUGUCUUGGACUCCCGUCUCCACACUCCCAUGUACUUCUUCCUUGGCAACCUGUCUCUGGUGGACUUUUGCUACUCUUCAGCUGUCACUCCCACAGUCAUGGAUGGGCUCCUCCCAGGACAUAAUAAGGUCAUCUCCUACAACGCUUGUGCUGGUCAGAUGUUCUUUGUUACAGGUUUUGCUACUGUGGAAAACUACCUCUUGGCCUCAAUGGCCUAUGAUCGCUAUGCUGCAGUGUGUCAGCCCCUGCACUACACCACCACCAUGACAACCAGGGUGUGUGCAAGUCUGGUCAUAGGCUGCUAUGUCUGUGGCUUUUUGAGUGCCUCAGUCUACACUGGGAACACGUUCAUUCUCUUUUUCUGUAAGUCCAAUGUGGUCCACCAUUUUUUCUGUGAUAUUCCAGCAGUUAUGACUCUUUCUUGCUCUAGCAGAAAAGUGAAUGAUCUGGUUCUUAUUUAUGUUGCCAGCUUCAAUGUCUUUUUUGCUCUCCUUGUUAUCUUAAUAUCCUAUAUAUUGCUUUUUAUCACCAUUCUAAAGAUGCGCUCAGGUGCAGGACAUGGGAAGGCUCUGUCCACCUGUGCCUCCCACCUCACUGCUGUCUCCAUUUUCUAUGGGACAGUUAUCUUCAUGUACUUACAGCCCAGCUCCAGCCACUCCUUGGACACUGACAAAAUUGCAUCUGUGUUCUACACUAUGGUCAUCCCUAUGCUGAACCCUGUGGUCUACAGCCUGAGGAACAAGGAGGUCAAGAGUGCAUUUGCAAAGAUUUUUUUAGAGAGGAAAUAUAUAUAA